UACGAAGCGAUAACUUGCCAUUCACACUGGUUAAGAACACGUAUGUGCGUAAACAUGUUGGUUUGUGUGCGGCAAAAAACUCAAUGAAAUAUUAAAGUUCAAGCUAUGUUGCUUACCAGCAGCAGCAGAACAAUUACACCAUUGGCCGCUUGACAUACGUUAUGUUUGGGUACAGCAGCAGCAACACGGCAACAAAACAAGCAACAGGAGCACCGUUGCCCGGCACGUCAACGUCAACGUCGCGGCUGAAAUAUCGAGAAUCAAAGAAAACAAAAAUAACUGCAAUCAUUCCAAAAUGCCACACAAAAUGAUGCAACUACUGAGCAUAUUAAUUGGACGUCUGCUGUUUAUGCUCAUUGCAAUCUGCGAGUUGCUGCAACAACUGUGGCUUCGAUUGCAUGCGCUCGCUCGUAGGUCAUAUGACUAUUGGCAAUGUGAUUAUCAUCAUGAGUUAUUCGAGCGUACAAUGCACGAGCUACAAAAGCUGCCACAGCAUUUGGUGCUUGUCAUUGCUCCCGACGAUCGCUAUGUGGAUGCAACGCUAUUGAAGCGCAUUUUCAGUUAUGCCCAAAUUGUUGGUAUACCCUAUUUAAGUGUAUACGAUACGCGUACUCCCAAAAAUGGUUAUGUGGAUCUAUCGCGAUUCUGUCAAUCGAGUGGGAAUGAGAACAAAUGCUACCUCUGGCCAUCACAACAAGUCAAGGAACAAAAACAAGUCCAGCUGAAUGGAUGCAAAACUGUCGUUUCGAAUGGCACAACAAAUGGCAGCGCAAGCAACGGUACAAAGCAUUACGCCCAGCUGCAGGUCUAUCAAAUCGGCACCGCUGAUGGCCAUGCGCUCAUAGCCGAUGUCUGUCGUGAGCUGUAUGAGAAUCGGAAAACACCUCAGGUUCAGGAACUGUUAAAGGAACGUCAAGCGCUCACCGAGGGCAUCAGUGCGAGGUUAAAUAAGCAUCUUGGUUUUGCGGUUCCAGAACCCGAGCUGGGCAUUAUCUUCUCGAGGCUGACAUGCAUCUACGGCCUGUUGCCGUGGCAUGUGCGCUUCACCGAGUUUCACACACAUCGCAGUGGCAGCUACUUUGAUGCCAAGUCAUUUGCCAAGGUGCUAUACAAAUAUGCGCGCUGUGAGCAGCGUUGGGGCAAAUAGUCCAUAAGUUUAUUCGUUGUUCUAACUAUGUUUUUAGUUAGUUACCUUAGAAAGUUACUUGUAUCGUAGGUUAAGUUAGUUGGAGCCUCCGCAAGCGUGUUAAGCGAAAAGUGAAAAAACACUGAUCAGAGAAAGUGAAACAUAUACACAAUACACAAUACCAAAUGUUA